CAAGAUUACAUGCUGUUGGAAUGCAUCAAGUAUGGUGCUGGGCUUUGACACGUCCUCCACCUUUGUUUCCGCUUUCGUCUAGUGAAUUUCUCCAAUUUUUAAGUUCACAUACAUUCCUGUUGCAGCAGCAGCAAACGAAAGACUAAAGCAUAUUGGACGAAGUGCAGGCCGUGGAUGUCCGAUUUCAAUGUUCGCGAUAUCGCCACUUAAAUCAAGAUUACAUGCUGUUGGAAUGCAGCAAGUAUGGUGCUGGGCUUUGACACGCCUCCACCUUUGUUUCCGCUUUCGUCUGUUGAAUUUCUCCAAUUUUUAAGUUCACAUACAUUCCUGUAGCAGCAGCAGCAAACGGAAGACUAAAGCAUAUUGGACGAAGUGCAGGCCGUGGAUGUCCGAUUUCAAUGUUCGCGAUAUCGCCGCUUAAAUCAAGAUUACAUGCUGUUGGAAUGCAGCAAGUAUGGUGCUGAGCUUUGACAGGCCUCCACCUUUGUUUCCUCUUUCGUCUGGUGAAUUUCUGCAAUUUUUAAGUUCACAUACAUUCCUGUAGCAGCAGCAGCAAACGGAAGACUAAAGCAUAUUGGACGAAGUGCAGACCGUGGAUGUCCGAUUUCAAUGUUCGCGAUAUCGCCGGUAAAUAUCUCAAGCUUUGCUUGCAUUGAAAUUCAUGGAGCAGUAAUUCUUGCUUUGCUUAAGUAAAGAUCUAUUCGUCCACACAGGGAAACUGAAACGAGGAAAUGUUUCCUGCGUAAAAAAAUCCAUCAUCUUGGGAGUUUUAUGGAAAAAAAACCUUUUUUUUUACAUUCUUUCGCAAUGACAUAUCAGUCUGAGAUCCUUCAUGGCUCUGAAAAAAGUUAUUUGUGUGAACAUUGUUCAAAAGCAUUUUCCCGUGCUUUCCAUUUAAAGACACAUCUGAGAGUACAUACUGGCGAGAAACCGUAUUCCUGUGUUCAGUGCUCAAAAGCAUUUUGCGACGCUUCCAAUUUAAAAACACAUUUGAGAGUACAUACUGGAGAAAAACCGUUCUCCUGCAAGCAAUGCUCAAAGGCAUUUCCCCUCGCUGAAGGUUUGAAGAGACAUCUGAGAACCCAUACUGGCGAGAAACCGUAUUCCUGUGUUCAGUGCUUUAAAGCAUUUACUGUUGCUUCCGCUUUAAAGGCACAUCUGAGAUUACAUACUGGAGAGAAACCGUAUUCCUGUGAACAUUGCUCAAAGGCAUUUUCUGGUGCUUCCGAUUUAAAGAAACAUCUGAGAUUACAUACUGGAGAGAAACCGUAUUCCUGUGAGCAUUGCUCAAAGGCAUUUUCCCUCGCUUCCAAUUUAAAGAAUCAUCUGAGAACCCAUACUGGCGAGAAACCUUAUUCAUGUGUUCAGUGCUUUAAAGCAUUUUCUGAUGCUUCCGCUUUAAAGAAACAUCUGAGAUUACAUACUGGAGAGAAACCGUAUUCUUGUGAACAUUGCUCAAAGGCAUUUUCUGACGCUUCCGAUUUAAAGAGACAUCUGAGAACCCAUACUGGUGAGAAACCAUAUUCCUGUGAGCAUUGCUCAAAGACAUUUUCUAAUGCUUCACACUUAUCUAAUCAUCUAAGAACCCAUUCUGGCGAGAAACCGUAUUCCUGUGAAUAA